GUUUAAGGAAUCUAACUAGCUUCGAACCUCGGGCUCACUUCCAUGCACCCUCAUAAACGACGAAGAGUUGAGGAAUCUGAAGACCUGGGUGUAACUGAGGGCCAAUAUCUCCAAGCUAUUCUUCCAGAAAUCAGUUUAGAAAUCGGGCUCCGACGACGAUUGGUAGAGACGAUUGAAUCGAGAAUAGCUUGGGCUUCACUUCUACAAGAAAUUUUGACAAAUGACCCUUCUAGCAACUCUGAAACCUCCUUCAAAGAUGUCGCCCUUGAAUCCCUACACGCCGUUGAGUCCCGUAACCGGAUCCUCUACCCCAGCGAUGCAACCAUUCCCAUAAUCACAGUUGCGCCACCUACACAGAAGCAUAGACCUCCUCCGAAGGAAAAACCUAUCACUCGUUCUCAAAAAGCGAAGUUUCUCUUCCUACGGUCCAACGACCGUGUUUUUAUCCUACGCUGCCCAGCAUGCCUUCGACAUUCAUUUUCGUCACUACAAGGACUAUACAACCAUAGUAGGAUUUCUCAUUAUGUAGAGUGGGGGUCGCACGAGGAAUGCGUCAAAGCUUGUGCAGUACCACAGCAGGACUUCGAUCAAACGUUGGACCUGGAAACAGGCAUUGACAUCAGGAGCACCUCGCAAAUCGGAGGGAUUCUACCCAGUGUGCGAAGCCUCUUUCAAAUGGCUGUGGACGGUGCACAUGCAGAACCGAGCUCUGCGCUUGAUGGUGGCGAAGGUAACGAAGAAGAUACCGGUUUAUACCUCACGAGGACUUUAGGGUGGCAUAGUGAUACCCCUGCACUGGCACAGUUUCUGGGUAAGGAGGUUACCAGGAAAAGUAUCAAGAUCUGGGAUGAAGACGCGGACGUGGAUGUAGAAGGUUUAGAUGAGACUACACACCAAAACUCGACGCGGCGUCGGUGGCGUAUGCCUUACCUACAUCGUAGUCGGGUAAAAGAAGAUCCUACUGCGGAAUCUGUCGGAGACUCCAUUUCUCCAGUUUUACAUCAAAAUUCAAAAUCACAUCUUACCAAGUCCGACUCGAUCACCGUUCGCCCGCAUCAUGAGACCAGCAGAUUUCACAUUACUUGUCGAGUUAUAAUCACAGACCAUUCGCUAUUCAUUCCUGAGGGACGUCGUUUUUCGCAUGGCACCCACAAAUGGAUGGUGACUGUCGAAUCCGCCUCAUACAGUCUGGACCUCACGUCGGUCCUUACAAACCUCACUGUCUCACCACUUUCGGACACGACAGGGAUGGCCGCCUCCAACAUGUUUGAUGCAUUAAGCACAAAGGAACCCCCUUUCGUCGUUGUCGGCACUACGUCUGAACCAUUCCUGGCGAAGAUAGAGCUCAAAUUCACUCCCAGUGUGACACAUCGCGAAGGCCAGACAGUUGUCUUGGAACAUUGGGUUGGACUAGACAUGCUUGGAACGACUGGUCCUUGUAAAGGAGACGAGCAGGUGGUUGAUAUUGAACUCGAUAAGGACACCUUCAUACUACCUGUCAAAUCGGGAUACCUUCCUGUAACUUCGAAAGUGCACUGGGAUAACGUGACCAGUACUGUUGAUAGCAACGACCGGGUCGGAGCGAGCAAUGAGCCAAAGCAGAAAGAGGUUGACGCCGACGGACCAUUACUAUACCAGGGGAUUUUACAAUCGUUGUUACCGAAAUUUCCCAUGACCAUCAAAGACGCCCUUGUAGCUUCAAAUACUCGUACAAAAGCAGCACCCCGACUUCCAUAUAAGUUGGUUCCUGGGCCUGUGCAGCUUCAGAGGCUCGUCAUUGGAAGGAGGAAAGCUAUCGAGUGGGCGCGGGCGAAAGCGAUCAGGGAUGCUUACACAGACAAGAUCAAGGACCUUCGGCAUUCUUCUGACAGUAAACAACUUAUACCUCUUACCGUUGGCGACGUUUACUGCUGGCUUGAGGACGAAGGUUAUUUCUUCCGUGGCCAGUCUCGUGAGGAAUCUUUAGAUUCCGGUAAAGGCAGACAAACGAAAGGGAAGGUGCGAGAUAUUGCUGAAGAAGAUAAAUGGUGUCGCGCGUGCGGGCUUGGACUCUCUUUGCACCUAAAUACCAGCGCGUCCGGCGCAUCUUUUGGCUCAGAUACAAGUCCUCCAGGUGCAGCUCCCGUACCAACAGGGCAGUCGAUAGACGGCGCAUCUCGUGAUGGGGCGCAGGGUGAUUUCCAAUGUACGAUUAUCCCUAGUUCGAACUGGAACCUUAGAUUCCCGAUGCUCGAUGUGGAGAAGGUUUUUCAGAAAUGCCUGCAACGGAACAUGACAACCAUACCUGUUGCUGAAGCAUCCGUUUCCCCAACUAUGUUUGAACAUCCGUUAAACGGCCCAGCGCAUCUCAUAGAGUUGGCGAAAAACCGAAGGAACCGUCUUAUGGUCUCUGCCAGCGAUCCGGUCAUGACAAGAUUCGUUUUAUCUCAAUUCGGUACCUCCCGUCUCCCUAUCUCAAGUGCUCUCUUCACGCCCAACGAAUCACAUCGGCGAUUCCCGAUUCACCAGUUGGGUAUGUCCUCAUCCACAGUAGACGUUGCCCUUGCACCGCACGCAUACCUUGCUCUAGCGACAAAGCAAUUCAUCCGUGCACUGGUCGAAGCAGCCUUGGAAGUCUGUAACAGAGACAAAGAUUCCGCCAUCGCCUCCCUAGCGCAAACAAAACACCGACAAGGACAGGAUCAUUAUCCGAAUAACUUGACGCCAGUCAUCUUCAUGCAGCCUGGCUCUACGGCGUCCGGUCCUCGUAAAAAGUCCGCCUCGGGUAAUGGAAGGAAGAAGGACAGUACAAACAAGAUCCAGACCUCUAUCAAAAUUUUAACGCCUCUGCAUAUCUUGGGUGCGGUGCACAACUCUCAGAACACCAGUCGUGCAGCGCUGCAUACCUGUCUUUCUCGGUUGGGUAUUUCCCUCCAUGGUAACCAUAGCGAAACGAUUAUGCCAGAAUCUCUGACGACAAGUAGUAGUGCACCUGUGUAAUCGGAGUAUCAUUUUCCGAGGAGAUGUGGGACUGACUAGUGUCAACCUCGAAUGGGCUCCCGAUUCUCGCCAUGCGAAAGGACCGAGUCGUAUGAGAUGCUCCGAUACACACAGGCGUUCGCGCACGGACCUGUAUACGCGGGGGCAGCGACUAUCGAGGCUAAAUACACUGCUCUUCGUCUUUCUUCAUUAACUCUCCGGGUUCGGAGGUCUUUCUCUUCGCCUCCUUCUGACUGAACGAUCCAUUUUUCAACAUGCAAGGGAUAUGCGAGUGGAGACCACAGUCAUUUCAGCGCCGUUCAAACCAUACAAUGAACGUGACGACGAGUAGGCAUUACCGCAACUUCAACAUCGUCCAUGGGGACCAGUACAACUUCUACCAUACCACGAUUCAAGCGCUCCGAAUACUGCAUAUCUGAGAAGCUGACUCGGAUGUGUGUAUACUUAUUACCUUCCGCGACGUACAAAGAUUCGGAAUAUUUGCGACAUAAGUCACACAGGGACGGCCUAACAUGAAUGAAGAUGCUCGCUGUGACUUAUGAAUGUGAAGGUGAUCCUUCGAACGGAUCAGUGUUGCGCACCGGGGCAACGAGCAAAAUCUGUCGUGCCCGAGUCGAAACCUAGUGGUCAACAUUCAAUACCUGUGAACUGCUCCAUAGCAGUUGGUAGGCCAGGGAUGGGUCAAGGAGUUGCAGAGUGUGAACAGCAAGGAUGAGCUCAAUGAGAAGGCCAAGAUAAUGGCAGUCGUCGGGGGGAGAGGCGGGAUUUGCCGCCUUCGUGAAAAGACCAGAAGGUCGUAAAAUCCAUCGAGUAGAAGAGAACACGAAGAAUGCCUUUCUGGUCGAAAGGUCACUUUUCAACUCCAUUGAAGCAAGGUAUGAUAAGUUUCGAGCCUCGAGAACACCAGCAGGACAAUAAAAGUUGGUUAGAGCGCGGGCUCUAAGGCAAAGUGAUGUAAGAAUCAAAAGAGGAACUUUGGAUUGGUUGAGCCUAAUUAAAGUGGUGUGCAUCUGACAACCCACAAAGCUCUUGAACACGACACGUAGUCCUGUCUCCACUCUUAUCAAGCUCUCUCAACACUCCGCACAUAUGUGUCGGUGCUUCGCUGUAGGACACGACUGUAGAGUGACCCUCACAUCCAGCCGAAAUCCGAGGAACGCUAUCGGCUAGAAAAGGAUGUAUUCAAGUUGAUUAAACGUCAGGGAGCCAUUCUACGUGUGUUCUUCUCGGUCCCGCUCAGAUUCUCUACACCACUACAGGCUCAUUCGGAAAGCAAGGCAUCAAAACAAUUGAAAGACCCCAGGGGUCCGUUGAACCGAAUUCCCAGAUUAAUGUUCAAGCUGGUCGUGUCGGAGAAGCAUCCAUAGGAUUGAUAUUACAUACGUUUACCGGAGAGUAGUGGUAAACACCGAUGAGUUGUGGUAGAGCCCCCUGGCUCUUUCGUAGAUUCCUUACGCCGAUGAGUUUUUCCUUUUCAUUGAACUUCUUGCGCUUUUCUCUAUUGACAAUCCCUUUAUAACAAAAACCUUAUUUACCUUUCAUUUCAAACGCAGUUGCACUUUUCUUACAGCGUAUUCCCGCUAUCAGUCUUAACUUCAAAUUCUUACCUUACGGUGAGCCUUUAAUCUACUUCAUUCCCGUUCCUUUUCCCCUCCUACCAGUCCGCUCCCGUGAGGCCUUGUCCACCUGGCAGUAAAUAGCCUUGCGCCGCGUUGGGACUUCAUCCACCCCAAAGCGAAGACUUAGCAGCGUUGACUGAGGUGGAAUUGGCUCGGCAAUGUUGUGGGUCGGAGGUCCAGCCAUCCCGUUAUCUUAUCCAGGAACCAAGUAGAUAAUCCUUUUUAGACUUAGUUUUUUUUACUUACUUCUUUUACUCGCACGCUCGGACCCAGAGUCCUUUUAUAAAAUCUGUCAACGUCGUACAGAAAUUAAUCCCCCCUUUUCUUCCCUUCCCUCUCUGAGCCCCCCUCUGAGCUGAGCAAAAUAUUGAAUUCAAGAGCCCUAUCUACAACAUCGAGCAUCAAUAACGAUUCGAGUCUCACAUUCCAUCAUAUUAUCAUUGAUCUCCGUGAUCUCCUUCACCACACUCGUGUUCUGCGGCACUCAUACUUCUUCUCAUCUUCCUCUUGCCUCAUGUCGACUUCGGAACCUUCUUUAUUCUCCUUCUACUUCUCCGUCAGAUUUCUGACCAGUAAUUCUCACAUCCCUUUUUACCAACAACCCGUUAUAUCCUGCCGCAGAGUACAACCUCUCCAACUGUGUUGGUUGCCCACCUAUUUUCAAGCUCCACCGCUCUUGCGUGUGUUGUGGCGGUGAGGAGUCCGUAAAAAGGGAUAUAGGGCGCAGGUUUUACGAGAGUGUUUGGGAUGGACGGGCUGCAAACUUACAUGCGUACAUAGUAUAACCAGUUGCUUGUAAUACUGUGCUUGUGCGGAUAGAAUGGAUUGAGAGCUCGCGC